AUGAACCUGAUUACAUUCAUAUUGGUUUCUUAUGCACUUGACAGUCGUGCAAAGCAAUUUAACAGGUGUGAAUUAGCAAUAGAAUUGGUGAAGUACGGUUUUCCACUUAAUGAAUUGCAAGAUUGGGUAUGCCUGAUAGAGGCGGAGAGCUCCAGAAGAACUAAUGCCGUACAUGGUCCCAACGAAGAUGGAUCCUACGACUACGGGCUCUUCCAGAUCAACAGUCGGUAUUGGUGCAACACAGGAGCCACACCCGGAAAGGUGUGCAAACUGCGAUGUGAAGAGCUACUCACAGAUGACAUCACAAAAGCAGUGGAGUGCACAAAGACCAUUUAUAAGCUACAAGGAUUUGAAGCUUGGGUAACUGCAUGCAGACGUUCCGUGUUCGACUCCUGGGCUGGGAGAAAUGCAUAAUGGAAAUGAAGCUUAAAUAAACCAAAUACUUUUCGUCACUUAUGUCAUAAAUAAUAAAUAAAUAAAUACAUUUAUACUCUAGCCAAAUUCGAUGUAGAAUAAAUGUCAACAAACAAAAACAUUUGAUUUUUAGGGUUUUCAUCCCAGA